GACAACUCCUCGAUUGUCUUUCUCCUUAGACACUAGGCGACCAGUCAUCAUGGAGAAGGAAGGACUACCACCCUAUACUGAAGUCGUAAGACCUUGGGCAGAGAGACGCCGUAGACGCCGCAUCUUUCGAGUUGUUGCAGCUACAUGUCUCUCCUACUUUGCCUACUCAGCAUACAAGAUUUCAGCAAAUACUGAGAAGCCUGCCAAUUUACUCUCUUCCACUCGCUUGCAAGAAGACCUGGCCACCUGCGCAACCCUACAACGAGUCCCUGUCAGCCCAUCUGGUAUUCGCGAGUACAACAAACGUUAUGUAAACGGCACCAAGCCUGUGCUGAUACAAAACGCCACUAUUUGGACUGGCGAGCCUGCACCUGGUACAAGUGCCGAAGACGCUCAUCAAGGAAAGGGCUAUGCCUGGAUCCAAUCGGAUGUGUUCAUUGAACAUGGUCUCAUCAAACGAGUUGCGCCGUCCAUCUCCCUCUCGGACCUACCGACAGAGUAUGAGACUUUCAAUGCUCAUGGUCGUCAACUCACAAGCGGAAUCGUGGACACCCACAGUCACGCGGGCCUUGGAAGCGUAGGCAACCUACAACAUGACGAGAAUGAGCUAUCUAGCGACAUCACACCAUACGUCAAGUCAUUGGAUUCCCUAGACCCACUUCAUCCUGAGAUCCAAUGGAUCAAGUCUGGCGGCGUAACCACAUCUCUGCUCCUUCCCGGCUCUGGAAACAACAUCGGCGGAGAAGCAUUCCUCGUCAAGUUCGCUGUCGGUAAAGAUGGCGGUCGUGCUGAGCUCAGCCAACAAGAUAUGCUGGCAGAUCCUGAUCAUACUUGGAGAUACAUGAAGAAUGCCUGCGGUGAAAACCCCAAGAGAGUGUAUGGAAAGCUUGGUGAAAAAGGCCCAUUCAGCCGUAUGGGAGAAGGCUGGCAAUUUAGACAUGCCUUUGAGCAGGCAAGAGAUUAUGUCAAAGCUCAGGAUGACUGGUGUGCAGCUGCUGCCUCUGUCGGAGCGGAAAACAUGAACAGCUACUUGCCUCAAAAGCUCGAGUGGGAAAACCUAGGAGCCGUUCUCCGUGGCCAAGUGCGAGUCAACACGCAUUGCUACACCGUCCCAGAUCUUGAGAUGUAUGUGCGCCUCACUAAUGAAUUCAAGUUCAGGGUCUAUGCUUUCCAUCAUGCUCAUCAGACCUACUUGGUACCUGAUGUUUUGAAGAGGGCUUACGGUGGUACACCUGCGGCUGCCCUCUUUGGAGACAACAUGUACUACAAAGUGGAGAGUUACAGAGCAUCUGAGAAGGCUGGCAAAAUUCUCUACGAGAACGGAAUCACCCCAGUCUAUGUCAGCGACAACCCAGUCAUCAACUCUCAGCAUGUCAAGCAUGAAGCUGCAAAGGCAUACGGCUACGGUCUUCCAUACCACGUCGCUCUGGCUGGUCUGACUUCAGCUCCCGCAGAGCUUUUGGGCAUGGGGGAGAGGCUUGGAAAGAUCAAGGCUGGCUUCGAUGCCGAUAUUGUUGUUUGGGAUUCUGAUCCGCUCUCUCUUGGUGCUACACCCAUUCAGGUCUGGAUUGAUGGUGCCCCACAGUUUAAAGAUCCAGUAGAGCUCAAGAAGCCUCUGACUUCACCCAUCAAGCCAGAUCUUGCACUGGCAGAGGAUCAUGACGAGAGCGAAUCGAGCAAGGACGUCGUCUUCACUGGUGUUACCAACAUCCGCAUCCCAGGUCUGACUUCAUCGUCCGAGUUCAAGGGAUCUGCCACCGUCGUCGUAUCACAGGGAAAGAUCGUCUGCGCUGGUUCUUGCGAUGCAGAAGUGCACACAGCAAAGUCUAAGAACGCUCGCACUGUGGCUCUGCGUGAUGGAUAUCUCACUCGCCCGCUCACCGCGUUCGGCUCUGGUCUAGGUAUGCAAGAGAUUAUGCAGCAACCAGAGACGUAUGAUGGUGCUGUCAAUGACAAGGUGUGGGCCAGAGCAGUCGAUGGCCUCCUUCUCGACGGCAAGAACCUCUUUGCCGCCUAUCACCAUGGUGUCACCAAAGCAAUUUCUGCACCAAUUGCUCGUGUCUAUUCUGGUAUUUCUCUCCGUGGUAUCUCUGCUGGAUUCCUGACUGGCGCAAAGACCACCCUGAGCAAAGGAGCCGUCUUCGCGGAGGAAGCUGCGGUUCACUAUGACUUUACCCUCAAUGGCAAAAGCGAUGCGAACCCUUCCAUCUCAAGCUUGGUAGCAGAUUUGCGACACAAGCUGCUCGAGGCAGUCCGCAACAAUGAAACCAUCGUCGAUACUUAUUCUGAAGCUGCAUCUCUGAAGAAGGUUGUCGAAGGCAAGUCUGCUCUUGUACUAAGUGCGCACAGCGCAGAUACCAUCUCUGCUCUCAUCCGCCUCAAGUCCACAGUCGAGGCUGCAAGCAAGGUUCCCCUUCGCCUAGUCAUCCUUGGAGCCGCGGAGUCUCAUCUUGUGGCUAAGGAAUUGGCAGCUGCAGAUAUCGCCGUUGUUCUAGCCCCAAUGCUUCCGUGGGCACAAACGUGGGAUCAACGUCGCAGCCUUAUGUCAGCGCCCUUGAAUAAUGGGUCCACAAUUGAUUUCUUGCUCGAAUCUCAAGUUCGGGUCGCUAUUGGCGUUGAUGAAGUAUGGGAGACAAGAGAUUUAGCCCUUGCAGCUGGAAUCGCACUGAAAAACUCGCAAGGAAGAUUGUCGGAACAGCAGGCUCUUGAUCUCGUUAGCACAAACUUCUAUGAGUUCUUGGGCCUGGAGGUACCCAAAGCGGAAAGCGAGUUUGUUAUCUAUGAGCAUUCGCCAUUGGAAAUAGGUUCUAGGGUUGUAGCUAUUGCAGAUGGUUCCGGCAAGACAGAUGUCUGGCUCUAAGAAGAUGGGAAGGAACCAAUGAUAUGCUGCUCUAGGGAGGUAAGAGUUUGUCUAUGGCUAGCUAAUGCAGAGAAAGUUUUGUAUGUUUCGCCCUCCUGUCAAAAUUUGGAUUCUUGUUCACACUUCCUGGUACUGCAUCAAUUGAC